AUGUCAGAAAAAGGCGGGUCUCUUUCACCCGGAACGCUCCGUCUGGAGUUGAAGGAUGAUGAAAAAGAGAUCCUGAGGCGACAAAUCGACACCCCGGAGUCGCAGAUGAGCCGCUUGGUUCUUUUGUAUACAUGCACAACACCUUAUGAAUUACUUCUUCUGGUUAUUAGCUCAAUUGCAGCCAUCAUUGGGGGAGCCCUUCAACCUGUGUCUUUUCUCCUUUUGGGAGGCUUGGCUCAAGCUUUCAAAGAGUUCUUCAUCGGAACUUCUUCAGGAUCGCACCUUUCAUCCCUGGUCGCGAAAUUCGCCCUUUAUUAUGUAUAUAUCGCCAUCGGACAAUUUGUUUCGGUCUACAUCUCGACAGCCGGAUUCAUGGUUGGAGGAGAAAAAAUCACCCAAAGACUUCGAGAGAAAUACCUCGCCGCCAUCCUUCGCCAAAACAUCGCAUUCUUCGAUGUCCUAGGAGCUGGAGAGAUCACAACCAGAAUCACCUCGGACAUGAAUCUGAUCCAAGAUUCGUUGACCGGCAAGCUAUCUCUGACUUUGUACUCCUGUUCCAACUUCGGGGCAGCGCUCAUCAUCAGUUUCGUGAAAAGUUGGCGUAUGGCGCUUAUUCUGAUAUCAGCCUAUGUCGCAGAAACUGGAUCAAUGAGCUUCUUCUCUUCAUUCAUGGUCAAGUAUACCCACAAGUCACUGGCGGCAUAUGCAGACGGAUCGACGGCUGCCGAGGAAGCCAUCAGUUCAAUCAGGCACGUAACUGCGUUCGGGAUUCAAGACAAGUUGGCCGAUAGGUACCAAAGGUUUCUUACCCAGGCCGAGAAAUAUGGUCUUAGAAGUCGCAUUGCUCUUGCGGCCAUGAUGGCCGUCAUGAAUGGUGUCAUCUUCUGGACCUAUGGACUGACAUUUUGGCAAGGAUCUCGUUAUCUGGUUGUUGGAGACGUGGAACUCGGGGCGUUGAUCACCAUCCUCCUUGCUACCUUGACCGGAGCGUUCACAUUCGGUAACAUAGCACCCAACUUCCAAGCAUUUUCAACCGGUAUAGCAGCCACAGGAAAGAUUCUUGCAACAGUAUCUAGGGAAUCACCACUGGAUCCAUCCUCCACUACAGGAAGAAGACUGGAAACUGUGUCCGGGACGAUUGAGCUCAAGAGCAUUCGCUAUGUUUACCCCUCGAGACCGGAUGUCCUCACAUUAGAUGAUGUAAAUCUUCGAUUUCCAGCUGGCAAGACAACGGCCAUUGUUGGUGCCUCUGGUUGUGGGAAAAGUACAUUAGCAGGCUUGAUUGAAAGGUUUUAUGAACCACUAAACGGUGAAAUUUUGCUCGAUGGCCACGAUAUCGCGUCUCUUAAUUUGCAGUGGUAUCGCCAACAAAUAGCAAUCGUGACACAGCAGCCCACACUCUUCGCCACAACUGUAUUCGAAAAUAUCAGAUUUGGUCUGAUCGGCACCAAACACGAAAAUUCCCCUCCUGAUAUAAUAGAAAGCCUUGUCUUCGAUGCCGCCAAGAAGGCGAACUGCUUUGGUUUCAUCUCCGACUUGCCGAAGGGCUUCCACACCAGUGUCGGAGAAAGGGGCUCCUUGCUUUCGGGGGGACAAAAACAACGAGUCGCCAUCGCACGGGCUAUCAUUAGCAAUCCAAAGGUCUUGUUACUGGAUGAGGCUACUUCGGCUCUCGAUGCCCAGGCCGAGAGGCUGGUACAGGCGGCACUCGAUGUUGCUGCUAAAGGUCGAACAACGAUCACAAUCAGUCAUCGACUGUCUACUAUCACGGCGGCAGAAAACAUUGUUGUUAUGUCUCACGGGCGUGUUAUUGAGCAAGGAACCCACAGCGACCUACUUGAGAGACAAUCAAUGUACUACGAGCUGGUGGAGAAGCAGCGCAUGUCCACGGAGAGAAAUAUUGGCCCCAGUGAAGAAAAGUCCACGUUCGAUGUAGAUGCGGAACUCUCUGGUUCGAAAGAUGAGGGUAAUGAGUCCAACAAGCACACGUACCAAAUUGGACAGGACCCAGUGUCUGAAGGCCAGGAGGGAGAUUCAGACGGCAAGGCUGACGGCAGAUACUCCUUAUGGGAGUUGAUCAAGUUCGUCGCCAACUUCAACAAAAAAGAGACAUUCACAAUGCUUUGGGGUCUGUUUUUUUCGGUUAUCACAGGCGCAGGAAACCCCACGCAGGCUGUUUUCUACGGCAAAGCUAUCGCAGCAUUAUCGCUGCCUCCAAACAUGUAUGGACAGCUCCGCCAUGAUGUCAACUUCUGGAGCCUGAUGUAUCUGAUGCUGGGAGGUACUGCAUUUCUGGGUUGGGGAGCAUCAGGUCUCUGUUUUGCCUACUGCUCCGAGCGCUUGAUUCACCGUGCCAGAGAUUCUUCCUUCCGCACAAUUCUCCAUCAGGACAUCUCGAUGUUUGACAAACCUGGAUUCUCGGCCGGUUCUCUUACAGCGGCAUUAUCCACGGAUGCUACCAACCUUGCUGGGAUGAGUGGGGUCACACUGGGUUCUAUAUUCAUUGUCUCAACGACAUUGGUCGCUGGAGUGGCUGUGUCGAUUGCUAUAGGUUGGAAGCUGGGACUCGUCUGUACCGCAACUAUUCCCAUCGUUCUUACUUGUGGUCUCGUCCGACUGAAGCUCCUUGGGGAGAUUGCUCAACAGUCAAAGGCUGCAUAUGCCGCCUCAGCAACCUAUGCUUGUGAGGCAAGCUCUGCCAUCAAGACGGUUGCAUCGCUAAAUCUCGAGACCCAUGUGCAAAAAGAGUACCACACCAUAUUGGAAACGCAACGAAAAAAGUCAGUCAUCUCAACGUUGAAGUCAUCCAUGUUUUAUGCGGCUUCCCAGUCAGCAAACUUUCUCUGCAUCGCGCUGGCCUUUUGGUAUGGAGGAAGUCUGAUCAUCCACGAAGGCUAUUCAAUGGUGCAGUUCUUCAUUGCUUACGCUGCGGUUAUCGCCGGCGCGUUCAGCGCCGGAGCGAUUUUCUCAUUUGCGCCAGAUAUGAGCAAAUCCCGUCAAGCAGCCCAAGAUAUCAAAACGCUGCUGAGUCGACCUGUCACCAUUGACGCUCGUCAAGAAACUGGUGAGCAGUUACCGAAAAUGGAUGGCAGCUUGGAGAUACGAAACAUUUAUUUCCAAUACCCCAACCGACCGGAGAGAAUGGUUCUGAAUGGCCUCAGCUUGAGUGUACAAACGGGACAGUACAUAGGUCUUGUCGGGGCAAGUGGAUGUGGGAAGAGCACCAUAAUUUCUUUAUUGGAGCGGUUCUUCGAUCCCGAAGCCGGAAAGAUCUUGGUUGAUGGGAAAGACAUUUCAAAGUUGAAUGUUAAGAGCUACAGGAGUCAUCUUGCUCUAGUCAGUCAAGAGCCGACACUGUACCACGGAACAAUCAGGGAGAAUAUCAUCAUCGGGACCGACGACGAUAAUGUGUCCGAGGAAAGAGUCAUCCAAGCAUGCAAGGAUGCCAACAUUUACGACUUCAUCCUCUCCCUACCUGAUGGUUUCUCGACGGUCAUAGGCGCGAGAGGCGGCAUGCUCUCUGGCGGGCAGCAACAACGGAUAGCUAUAGCGCGAGCGCUUCUACGUGAUCCACGCAUACUCCUCCUGGACGAGGCCACUUCUGCGCUCGACUCGGAGUCGGAAAAGGUCGUUCAGGAUGCACUGAAUGCCGCAGCUCAAGGCCGAACGACAGUCGCUGUUGCGCAUCGUAUAAGUACGGUACAGAAGGCCAACUGUAUUUAUGUGUUGCACGAAGGCAAUGUUGUGGAACAGGGGACGCACCAGGAGUUAAUGGAGCUGGGUGGAAGAUACUUUGAAUUAGUCAAACUACAGAGCUUGGAGGACAUUUGA